CCGGGCAGAACAGACGCAGUGUCGCCGCCGGAGCGACGUGACGGCAGUGGCGCGCCGCGACCUGACCGUGCCGCACGUCCGCAGCCACGCGACACACACAAACACGAUCGAUAACACAAAACCGCGAGAAAACACCUCCAAACCACCACCGGCUACAACAAACCACCCGAAACUCAACCGCUCAUCCCAAUAAUCAUGUUACAGUCUUUAUGUAACUGAUUUCAGGUGGCAACAUCGAUAGCGCGUGGCGCACCGGCGUCAACAAUGUAGUCAUAGUGACGCGAUCGUGUUGACAAUUUGACAGAACAUGACGCUAAAAUACCGUUGAUUUUUAAAUAAACAUGUUUAUGAAACGUUAUGUGUUGGUUGUUAUGUAUUGUUAAGAUGACGACAAUAAUUUUUUUGGUUUGAAUAGUUGGUAUACUACACGAAAAUGGGAAAUGGAAUGAACAAGGUGCUGCCCGGUCUGUACGUGGGCAACUACCGGGACUCGAAAGACACGGUGCAGCUAGAGAAGUACAAGAUCACCCACAUUCUGUCCAUACACGACGCCGCCAGGAGAUUACACUCAGAUAAACACUACCUCUGUAUAAUGGCGUCGGACUCUCCAGAUCAGAACUUGACGCAGUACUUCAGUUUAUGCAACGACUUCAUCCACGCCGCGAGGCUGAGGGACGGUAACGUCCUUAUACACUGUCUAGCAGGGAUGUCCCGCAGCGUGACAGUAGCGGUGGCGUACAUAAUGUCAGUGACUCCGCUGACGUGGCGCGAAGCUCUGAAGGUGGUGCGCGCCGGCAGGGCAGUCGCCAACCCCAACCUGGGCUUCCAGAGGCAGCUACAGGACUUCGAGACUUAUAAACUCGUUGAGGAAAGAAGACGAUUGAAGGAGCGCUACCCGUCCUUAGCCUUAGCUGACAGAGACCUGUCAGAAUGCCGCGUCAUGCUGGACUCCUACCAGACGAUGCUCAACCAACGCACCAUCUGCGAAGGGAAAUGCGCCAUGGGUCGACAAUGUCCCACUGGGGUAUGCAGAACAGGGUCGAAGCGACAGCCGCGACCGCGCAAGCCGUCAGUUGCCGCGGGCUCCGGGGAAAGCCCAGGGCUGAAGAGGUCCCCGUCUACCUUAUCCACCACGUCCUCUAUGUCAGGAUACCGCCCAAGGUCUUCGCCGGCCGGACUUUAUAGUUAUACUGGAGCUCCGUCCCGCCCGACUCGCUCAACCUCAGGUCUAAGCGUGACGCGCGUGACGGACCCAGUGGGCGGCGGGACUGCCAUGGCGGUGGGCGGCACGGAGUACUCUCGGAGACGCGCCGCCUCUGCGCCUGCGACGCCGGCGCUCUCGCCUGCCUCCUCGCCGCCCGGAUCGCCGCAUCGAGCACCGCACAGGCACAGCUGCGCUUGGGUGAUACCCUCGGUGCAGUGGGACCCCGAUUCGAUGUGACGUCACCAAGGGCUACGAAUCAAGAGCUUUUAAUCAUUCUCGUCGCACCCCCGCCAUGUUGCAAGAUCACGUCCUCUGCAACGGUGUUCGUAGCAGGAGCCUCGCUCAGCCGGUCGCCGGAGCCGGCAGCCCCUCACACCCCCGACAUCUAGCUCGUAACGCGCAAACUCGCGGGCCUGUGUCGCUGCUCGCUCAUAUCGUCUCCAGGACAGACAUGACUGGUUAAUGGUACCUAGAUUUGGAGUCCAUGAAUCGAAGUGUAUUUUGUAGCGAGGAUUUUGACUGAACAGUUCUAACAACAAGGUGAAAUUACAGCAGAAAAAACACAGGCAAAUGUUUCAGAAUACAAGAAAGAACAGUUUGAAUCUUUUCAAGCUACUAAUGUAGUGUUGACGCUAUAACACUGUUCCUAAAAUAAAUUCUGAAAUCACUGAGGUUAAUGUAGUUCCCUUUGUAAUCAAUUUCGUCGAAGGCCUUGUUCAGUUAAAAUUCUUGUACAAAAAUCCUCAUAAGUUCUUGGAAUCGGCUGAUCAUAGAUAGCCCAUCGGAUAGACAGUGGGUAAUUUGGAAAAGUUCUGUCUGUCCUUUAAAGAAAUUAGUGUUGGACCGAGUGUUUUUGCUUCAGAGGCUUUCGGGAACGCCAAAAGAAGCUUUUUAACUAUACAUAAGCAAUAUUGUGACGGGUAGGUAAGUGUGAGAUAGCGAAAUUUUACUGUUACGAAGAAAAGGUGAUGCAAGGUACUUUUUAAGAUGUUAAAGGUUAUAGGAUUGGAAUAAUAAUUGUAACGAUUCUAAAUUGUUGUUUGGGCGGCGACGACGUGAUAUAACUAGGUACAAUUUAUUGUAGAUUUGAACCACUGAUCAACGAAACUGUUAGGUGACUUCUACUAUUCUUUAGGUAGUGAUCAGUGAUAGCCACGAGCAGUAUGAUGCUAGGAAUAUUAAAGAAUUGAGUAAAGCAUGCAGAUAGGAAAUUGGACUUUGAAAAAUGUAAAGUUUCGAGGUUUAAAGCACAAGUUUGUUGGGAGUGUGGAAAUGAAAGUAAUUUGUUGAACACGCUCGCUCUGUUACGUUUUGUGCAGCUGCGCUAUUUGCGACUUUCGAGCGAAGCAAACGCAACUUUGCUAUUCUAUAUAAAAAUCUGUUGCUUUGUAUCGCUACGCUGGGAAACAACUUGCGCUGCAAAAAUAUUCAGCAAAAAUUAACAAGUCCAAAGGCGGAAAUGGUAUAAUUUAAGAAUUUCAUUCUAAACGUUACCGCGAAAUGUCUUAUUAGUUCAAUUAUUUAUAAAAUAAUGAAGGAAAGAGUACAACACGCUAAUGUUAUGAAGAUUAAUAUAUGAUAUUUUAGUAUAACGUGGUGGACAUGCGUAGAUACCUCUUAGCUGGAGUAAGAGCCGUUCUGACUGGUUCAGAUUUCUAUUUCUAAGAUUUCUACCUUCGAUAAAUUCUAUGAACUUAGCUCGUAUUUUUUAUCUAUUGUAGCUAGAUCAGUAGCUAAUACUUAUUUUGAAGAUGCAUUUAAAAUUCUAUUUACUAGAGAAUAGGUACUUGAGAGACCUGUAAAUGAAUUCCUUAAAUUUUUAUUCAAUAUAAGAAAGAAAACGUGUUUGAUUUUUAAAAUAAAAUUCUAUUUACCGUAGUAGGUUUUAAAAAUUAAACACGGAAGCUGUCCAGAAUAGAGAAUUUUCGAAAGAUGUAAAAAUAUUUAUUUUAAUUUAUUAUAUAAUUUAGCCCUAAGUCAUCACACUGUAAGAUAUCCUACUUCGUAUUGAUACAAAGUCAAAUUAUUCCUCCUAUCUUAUGGACCCUUGAUAACGAGCAAUAAGGCUUUACAAGAAGGUUGAGAUAACCCACCAAAUUCCUACCUGAUGUGUAGUCAUCAACCUACCACUAUUAGUUUGCAAUAAAUUCUUUUGCUUCGCCUUCAAAUUUGGGAGGAGUGAAAAAUGCUAGCAAAUGUUUAGGUAAUUGCUCAAAGAGGGAAACUGAAUCCGUUCCUAGUACGGCACAAUUUUUCGUUAGAAGCACGUUUACGAGUUAAUGGCUUGCUCAGUACAUUCUCUACACGGUAGGACAUUCAAUUCUAGGGUCAAACUAUGUUGUGAAGUUUUGCAUAUCUCUCUUUCUCAUUCUUACAAGGCUUAGCCUGAUUUAGAAAAUUGUGAUUUACUUAGAUGCCUUUAGCACGGUGGCAUACGUAGACAAUGAAUAUAAUACAUUUGUUUAUGAUUACUUAUGAAAUGCUGCCACUGUAGCUUUGUUAUAACUCGUUUAUAAGUGUAAAUAUUUACGUAAUCUAAGGCAAUAUUUCUCGCAAAAGCAGUUUCAAUCAUUUGGUUCGUCUGGUAGAUAAGAUUGAGGAAAUUGCUUUUCCGGAUCUGAAAUCUAACGCGGACGUUGCCAGAAAUGCCAUUAUAUAAAAGAUAGAAUAAAUGAUUUAUUUAUAGUGUACUGUUUUUAUCACAAUUGUUGUGAUCGAGUAGGUAUUUAGAUUUGGGGCCUUAGUUUAAGUUUAACUUUAAGUAACAACUCAAAGUAUGUCCUUGAGCAUACCUUCAUAAAAAAAUUAUAUUGUUACCUAAUUAAAAACUAAGGCUAAGCAACAAGUCUUCUUAAAACAUACACUAGGGCCCCAAGUUAAAGCAAUACAUCGAAUGGAACGUAAUUAUCAUUUAACAGCCUGUAACUUGUUUAAGUUAAUUCAACGUGAUUAAUUCCCUUCAGCUGAAACAAUUAACUCGAUCAAAGCAAUUUAAAAGCUGUUAUGUGAAUUGAAUUUAAAAUUCCUUCGUUAAACACAUGUUUCUUUCGGCUCAAUAAAAUCCUACUCACGAACUAUGAAGUUAACAAGAAAAUGUUAAGUAUAAUGGUAGAUAGAGUAGACCUACUUGGUACCUACCUUCAUGAGAUACUUGAACGUCUUAUUUGAUUAGAGUAUCUAAUUAGGUAAUUAGACACCUGAGCAUCAAAAAGGUUAGGUUUUACCACAAUUUGGUGGUUUCUUAUCGAAUUCAAUUUCUAAAAAAUGAGCUUUUCAAUAAAAAGCCGGUGUAAGGAGGUGAGGAAUAAGAGUAGGCAGUUAUUUCAGUAAAAACCCGGUCUCCCUAUCUUGAGGCGCAAAAAACACGCCCUUGACAAAAUUCUAAAUGGCGCUUGACAUUCUUUGUAGAAGUAUUUUUCAAUGGAACUUGAGAAGGAUUUUAUUGACGAAUAAUUUUAAUAAUUUUGCUGAGUUUUUUCUUUUUAGUUAGUCAUAAAUCAAUGAGUCUUUCAUUUUUUGUAGUCACCACCACAUUGAAAAAUGUAACGACUCUUUUACCUCUACGUAAGUUUAUACUUUUUGGUUACUGUAGAUAAAGGUCGGAACACAUCUAACGAAUGUAGCAUUCAACUUUACCAAGGAAAGCACAUUGCCACAUAACGUUGGGUGUAGACGACCUUUAAUACUUUAUUAUACCUAAGGAAUAACUCACUCUACAGUAAUUUAAUUACGCGUGGUAUGCUUGGUUUUUAAUAAAAUAAUCUUAAGAUGUAUUUCUACUCCUAGAUGUAUUUACUCCUAUCUAUAUUUAUUUAUUGUUUGAAAGGAAAGAUCGAACAAAAUAUCGAAGUACCUCUCACUUGGAAUGUUUGAAACUCACACACAUCAGUAAUCCAUCGCAAAUGACAAUAUUUUAAGAAAUAUUUAAUGAGCACUAUUUUUCGUGAAUAUUGAUUGUUAUUUUGUGUGAAAAGAUGUUAAAAAGAACAUAAUUAUUAUGUAUUUAAAAAGAUUUGUAAGUAAAGGAUAUUCACAUUUAUUUGGUACUCGUUUAAUUAUUGGUCGAUGUAAUCUUAGAUGUUUCGGAACGCGUGGGGACCAUGUUGCUACUGUAUACAGGUUGAGUCCGUCAAAACGUUAGAGCGCUUUUAAUGCCUUUGAAGUACCUACAUAAGUACAUGCUAUGUGGAAAACGUUGAAGAUGCUUUUGAGUAAUGUAGGCAUACUUGCUCCUAAAUACCAUCAAACAUGGUAUUUUGAACUAUCUCCUCUCUGUAGCUGUUACCUUAUUUUGGACGUUAACAUUCAUUAAGUACCUAACAUUUUACGACGUCCUUAGAGAAAGUGACUUCUUAACUCUUUGUUUUUAGUAGGUACUAUUCAAUUAAAACAUCUACCUAUUUCAUCUUCGAUUUAUGCUUGCUCAAAAUGUGAUAGGUGAUUCCUGUAAAUUCUUCUCUAACAAAACAAAGAAAGCUUGUCUUUAGAAAAGUAGCACUGCACUUAAACUUAACUACUUAUGGACAUGGAGAUUUUCCAUAUACAUUUCCCGGAGGCCAAAUAAUGACCGAGUACCUUAGGUAUAUUUUCUUUUUAUAAAUCAUAGAUAGAAUAGCUAUUGCAUUGUUAAAACAUUUUAGAUCAAUCAUAUUUACGUUAUGCACACAGAGCGUAGUCCGUUUGUAUGUCAUCGAUUGUAUUGGAAGCAAUAAUACAACUGAGCAGCAGCAAUGUGAAAAUAUGGUUAUUAUGUAACUGUGUAUAUUUUUAAUAUAAAAUUUAAUAAGA